AUGGUGAGCUCGGCUACAGUAUCCCAUGCCGGAAAAGCCCUUACUGUUGAGCUUGGGGGAGAAAUUGUCCCCCAGUCGGCCAUGUUCGAUUUGAAGACCAGGACAUCCAAGAAGGAGUAUGAGGAUGUUCUCAAAGGAGAGCGUCCUAGACUUUGGUUGGCGCAAGUGCCCAAUUUCGUGAUCGGCUUCCACAAGAAUGGAGUUUUUGACGACGUGCGCGUUGAAGACGUCCGCGAAGAAGUACGGCAAUGGGAGAAGGACGAAGAAAGCAAUCUACAGAAGCUGACCGGGCUAAUAAAAAUGUUGAUUGCGUUUGUGCAGGGACAAGUAGAUGGCACAUUAGAAGUUGUAUACCGUGGUGGCAGCUUAGAAUUGAGGGAAGUUGGGGGUGUGGUCAAUUGCUGUAUACCGGACGAGAUGAAGAGACGGUGGACACAGGGAACUUUUGAUGAGACAAGAAAUGAUAGAUGCAAUGCGAGAUGGAAGGGGGGAGUAGUGAUAGAAGAGGAAGAGGAAGAGGAAGAAGACGAGGAGGGAAUGAGAGAGUCAGGUGCCUGGAGUGGUGACUCGGACUCGGAGAAGGACUUCACGGCCUGCUCUGCUGCUUCGUGUGGCUACUGCGGCCACUGCGGCUAUUGA